CCUCCUCUGUCACACUGCGGUCUGUGGGCUCAGGAUGCCUUCACGGUCCGGUCCCAGCCCACCUGCGGCUCACCUGUCGACGUGACGCGUGUGUACUUCACGGUCCCGGAGGAAACAGGUCCCGGUUCUUCCCUCACGAGCUUCAGAUGCUCGCGACGGUGGCGGAUUAAGGAGUGUACCGGCGGCUCUACCGACGCUGCGACAGGAGCGACGACAACAACAGCCGGUGCGGGUUCAUGUGUCGGUCCGCUCCGGUGUUCCGGUACUGCCGGUUAGCAUCUAGCUAACGUUAGCUAGCUGAUGAGGAUGAACGCGGCUGCAGUCCGGCCCCCGCAGCCGCUCCGGACAUCCCGUGACCGCACAGGAGCGUCAGGAAAUCUACCGGUUUAAUCCCGGACACUUUUAAUUCGUGUUUUCCCCGACCUGCGUGUCUCCAUCCCGGGGCAGCCCCGCGGAUCACCCGGUCCCCGGUAAGAACCGUCCGAGCGAACUGAGGGAAGGUGACCGCCGAACAUCAGCAGCAAAACAACGAGUUUCAAUCUCAAACGGAUUUUUUGGGUCUUUAUUCGCCUCCUGACGUCACAGUGUUGAUUGUUUACACCACAGGAGACCUCUGUGGAGGAUUCGGCUCCCGGUUCGGAUCGCCCGGACGAAGAGAACCUGAGGUUCGGGUAGGAAGAGGAUCCGGUACCCACAGAAACGGACCGCGCCGAUUAUCAGAGGAAAAAACGCAGAUUUAAUUUUGAGCUAGAUUUAUUGAGGACUUCAGUGGAGCUGAGUUCCGGGUCCGGAUGAUCCGGACUGCAGGACACCUUCGGGGAUAAUUCGGCUCCGGAUAAAACCCUAACCCUGCACAAUGGGGACUCAGGGACCGGGCAGGAAGAGGAUCCCGAACCGGGAGAAGCUGACCGCCGAGGACGAUGCUCUCAACCAGAUCGCACGUGAGGCGGAGGCGAGGCUGGCGGCGAAGCGAGCAGCGAGGGCUGAGGCCCGUGAGAUCAGGAUGAAGGAGCUGGAGAGACAACAGAAGGAGCUGUUUCACAGCCACAAGAAGUAUUAUGGUCUGGAUAAUAAGUGGGGUCACAUAGAGCAGUGGAUGGAGGACAGUGAGCGGUAUUCUCGCCACUCUCGGAGACAUGCUUCGAUGUCAGACGAUGAGGAGAGGAUGUCUGUGGGGAGUCGAGGCAGCCUCAGGCCUUCAGACUACAGUGGGUUUUUCGGCUCCUCCUCUCGGGCCUCCUCCAGGGCCAGUUCAGCUCGAGCCAGCCCAGUGGUGGAGGAGAGGACGGACAGAGACAGAGACCUCCUGGACAAAGGCUCAAGGACGGCCUCCACCCUGUCCGCCGCCACGCUGGCCUCUCUGGGCGGAGCCUCGUCCCGCAGAGGAAGCUGUGACACGUCGUUCUCUGUGGAGACGGAGGCGUCCAUCAGAGACAUGAAGGAGUCUCUGGCGGAGUCGGAGGAGAAGUACCGUAAGGCGAUGGUUUCUAACGCUCAGCUCCACAAUGAGAAGUCCACUCUGAUGUAUCAGGUGGAGACGCUGAGGGAGGAGCUGAGUGACAUGGAGGAGCUGCUGUGGGAGUCACGGCGUCACUGUGAUGACAGGACCAAGGAGCUGGAGCGAGAGCGUCACGCUCACCGUGUCCUUCAGUUCCAGUUCAAAGACAUGGAGGACACUCUGAGACAGACGGAGGAGCUGCUGACGGAGGUGUCUGACCUGCGGUUGAAGAGCAGGAGUUAUUGUCAGGAGGUUUCUGAUCUGCAGGAAGUUCUGCAGUGGAAAGAGAAGAAGAUGGCGGCGUUGGAGAGGCAGAGAGAAAUCUCCGACAUCGUUCGGAUCGAACGUGACCGGCUCAGAGACGAGGUGGUGCGACUGCGAGAUUUACUGAAGACACACGGGAUCGUCCUCUCUCCUGAGGUCUCCACCAAUGGGGAAGCAGGACAGGGCGAAGUGGAGGAUGAUGUCAGCACAGAAUCUGCCUCCCGAUUGGCUCAGGAGCCGUCUCCUGGUGGCAGAGAGAGCAUGCUGGAGCUCCGUCUGAAGAAGCUGUUUGAAGAGAGGGAGAGUCUACAGGACCAGGUGAGGCUGCUCAAGUCCCAGCUGGACCAGAGACAGAAGAACGGGACGGACGGAGACCAGGAUCCAGAGGGGGAUGGUUUAGAGAACGGGAUGGACUCUCAUCUUCUGGACCUACAAAGAGACGCCAACCGACAAAUCAGUGACCUCAAGUUCAAACUGGUGAAAUCUGAGCAGGAAGUCACCACUCUGGAACAAAGUGUGAUCCGUCUGGAAGGUCAGGUGACUCGAUACAAGGUGGCGUCUGAAAACGCGGAGAAGGUCGAAGAUGAGCUGAAAGUGGAGAAGAGACGACUUCAGAGAGAACUCCGCUCCGCUCUGGAUCGCAUCGACGAGCUGGAGGUCAGCAACAACCACCUCUCCAAACGCCUGGAGAAGAUGAAGGCCAACCGUAACGCCCUGCUGGCCCAGCAGUGACGCUCCGUCCCCCCUGGCGUCCCCAGAGGUCAAAGCGUCCCCUCGGUGGAACUGUUUGUGCCAUGUUUUCAUCUCCAGCCUGACGCACAGCACAGAGAGACAAUCAGCGCUUGUUUCUGCUCCGCAUGCAGCACCGGACGGGCGGAGUUAACCUGAGACCAACCAAAACCAGAUGGCGUGUGACAUAUCAGUCAACAUAUCUAUCAAUCAAUCAGUCUAUCAAUCAAUCAUGGACAGUGUGUAAUGUAGCUCUAAAGAUCCCGGUGCCAUGAACACAGCUCCCAUUGGGUGGAGUUCACCACCAUCACUUCCUGUUUCAUUUAUGGUUUGUUUUGUUCUAUGUCGGAGGAGAAAUCUCCCAGAAUUCAUCUCUGUCUCUUAUCGAGUCUGAAAAGUUCUGUGGGAAGACUUAUUACAGAAGAACGGCCGCGCUCGUGCUUAUUUAAAAAAUGAUAACAAUUAUUUUGUCAUCGCGAGAUAAUUAAGGAAAAUGUGUUAAAUUAAUGUCGAUUCUCCUGAAAACAAAAAGCUGUUUUCCUCAUAAUUUCAACAUGACAACGCUUAUUUCCCUGAAAUAACAAAAUAAACCGAUGUCGACAUUAUGAAGCUUGUUCUCGAAAGAACAGUUAGGAAAAUAACAACAUGACAAAGCUUAUUUACUUUUUUUGGCAAAACAAAAUAAGAAAAAAAUAAACUCAAAACCUCGAGAUAACAAAACUUUAACUCUCGAUUUGUUUUCUCACAGUAACUAAAAGAUUUCUUAGUAUUACGAGAUAAAGUUUGUUUCCCCGAAGAAACAAAACCUUAAUGACACUAACUCAUGAUCUCAAGAUAAAGCUUGUUUCAAGAUAACAAAGCUCGUUUCCUACAAAUUACAAAAUAAACGGGUAAUCUUGAGAUAGUAACUCUUGUUUAUUCGACAUAAUAAAAUUAACGUGAUCUUGAGCUGGCUCUUUUCAAAAUUUUUAAAUAAUAAACUCAUAAUGUCGAGAUAACAGAGUUUUUUUCUCGAAAUGAUUUCCUCGUGAUUUCAAAAUGACAAGCUAAUUUCCCCAAAAUACUUAACUGGUGAUCUCGAGAUAACAACGUUGUUGUUGUUGUUGUUUUUUGGCAAAAAAACCUCAAAAUCUCUUCGUCUCAUCAGAGUGACGAAAUAAUAAAAUCAUUAUCUGAAGAUUGCAGCAUUAAAAGAAUAAAUUUUAAAAAAUGGAAGCGUC